AUGUCGGUCAGCCUGACGAGCUACCCACCGCUGGGUCAGGUCACCUGCGUCAAGGGCGAAAAGAUCAACUUCACAGUGAUACUUGAAUCGGACUCGGAACAGGAUUUCGAAGUCCAGAUCUGGCAUAACAGCGAGUCCCCCGAGUGGACUGCGCUUCCUCUCGAGAAACGUCCCUCCACGAGUGUCCCGCAAUUGACCGGUAAUUCACCUCGGACUCCCGGCACUCGAGCCAUCUUCUCGAAGGAGAUACCUCGCCCUCAGUCGGGUACAGCUGAGUUCACCGUGCGAUACCGAGAAACCUCGGAUGCGGACUGGCGAUGGGAAAACAAGGAGCACGGUGUGGAUAACGGGGAAUUGGUCUUCACGGCAGUGGAUCUCGGCUCGGGUGCGUCAGCGGAAGAUUUCGGCAAGUACUUUGUCGACCUGUCUUCCGAUAUCACCGUCGAGGUUCGGAAAAGCGAGGCUCCCGGCGCGUCGCUCUGGCAGCUUUCGGGAUCUGUGGGUCCCGCGAGGCACGGGCAUUCGGGCGUGGCCCAGAUACCUCUUGGGAUCCCGUCCUCGGUUGCUAGGUUCUUCGCCCUUGAUGCAAUUUUGUGCUCGUUUCUUCGGACGGACGGCGUACAUGUUGUGCUACUCGGUGUUUCCGGGAUAGACGACGUCCUCACGACAUUUGAGUCGGGGUCAAACGGCAGAGUUGUGAUAAAGUCGCGAAAUGAUAAUGCGACAACCGUACGAUUCCAGGUCCUAGCGGCCGCAGCGGAUGAGUUUGAAGUAGCGAUGAGCGCCCUAAUCUACGAGGCACGGAAACUGGUGAGACCAUAUGAGGUAGCCACGAAACACGACCCAAAAGCAGAAUGGCUUUCGAGCUGGUACGAUGGCCUGACAUACUGUACCUGGAACGGGAUCGGGCCGGAUCUGACGGAAGAGAAGAUCUUAUCUGCACUUGAUGAGCUAAAAGCUCAUGGUAUCAAGAUCAGUGGUCUGAUUAUUGACGAUAAUUGGCAGGCGCUUGAUAACGAGGGUGGUGGGGGUUGGGAGCGUGGGUGGAAACAAUUCGAGGCGAACCCGAAGGCAUUUCCAAAUGGACUUGCCAAAACAGUAACUGCAAUCCGUGAGCGUCAUCACAAUAUCGAACAUGUCGCAGUUUGGCAUGCGCUGCUUGGAUACUGGGGUGGCAUAUCGCCUGACGGAGAGCUGGCAGCUACAUACAAGACGAAAGAGGUGAAACUGGACAGCGACAUCAGAAGCUCCGUGCUCGCAAUCGACCCAGAUGAUAUCCAGCGGUUCUACAAUGACUUUUACAAAUUUCUCUGGUCCUCCGGGAUUACCGGCGUCAAAGCAGACGCGCAAUCUUUCCUGGACCUCAUCAGGGACCCUGAAGACAGGAAGAGAUUCACGAACGCCUACCAAGACGCCUGGUCAAUUUCAUCGCUGCGAUACUUUGGACCAAAGGUCAUUUCGUGCAUGUCUCAACUGCCUCAGAUAAUCUUCCAUUCCCAACUUCCCACAAACAAAUCCACCAUCGUCGUCCGCAACUCUGACGACUUCUUCCCCAAUAUCGACGACUCGCACACCUGGCAUGUCUUUUGCAACGGCCACAAUGCACUGCUCACAAGAUACCUCAAUGUGCUACCAGAUUGGGACAUGUUUCAGACGAGCCACGCCUACGCGGGAUUUCAUGCAGCGGCACGAUGUGUCUCUGGCGGGCCGAUCACUAUAACAGAUACACCAAGCCAGCACGGUAUAUCGGUCAUCAACCAAAUGACGGCGCAAACCAUCCAGGGCAACACGGUCACCCUCCGACCAAGCGUCGUCGGCCGCACGUUAGACAUGUACCGUGACAUCAACGAAGGACACAUCCUCCGGAUAGCAACAUAUACAGGGCGCGCACGUACAGGAAGCGGGAUAAUGGGCCUAUUCAACGUCUCUCCAACUACGAAAUCAACUACAAUCGUCGUCGAAGAUUUCCCAGGUAUAUACAGCGCGAACGGCGACGAGAGAACAUAUAUCGUCCGCGCACACAACAGCGGCAAGAUCACCGAAACGCUCAACGCGGCCUCGAUCAUCCACAUAAAGCUCGAAACAAAAGGAUGGGAAAUCCUCACGGCAUACACAACACAAUCAUUCAAAUUGAAAGACCAUACCACGCCAACACAAAUAUCCGUCCUCGGCCUGCUAGGCAAAAUGACGGGCGUCGCGGCACUUCUGGGCUACGACGCGUAUAUUCAGAGCAACGGGCAGUUCCGCAUCGACGUCAACCUGAAAGCACUGGGCGUCCUGGGCGUGUAUGUCUCGGAUCUGGCGCAGUGGGAUAUUGAUGACAAUCUGAUGAUUUUGAUUUCGGGGCGACCAGUCCCAAGAAAGACGGUUUGGAAAGAGGAUGGGAGGGUUCUUGCAGUUGAUCUUGCGGUGGCGUGGGAGGCGCUGGGGCUUGAGGCCGGGUGGAGUAAUGAGUUGCGGUUGAGUAUAUACCUUGGCUAG